UCCCUAGCCAUCCUUCCCCUCCCCCGCUUCCAUUUUUUCUUCUUCGUCUUCAUCCUCCCGAUCACAAUUCGCAUAUCAAUCCAUCCAGCAGAGCUGAAAUUCAUUUACCAGAUCUCUCACCACCAUAACCCUAAUCUAUAUUCUUUUGCUGAUUUCUCUGCUGCAUGUAAAAAAUGUCUAGGCGAACACUUCCGUUCCUGAAGAAGCUCGUUCCUGGCGUGCGAUCCACGAUGAUCACGUCCAGAUCCGUGACCUACAUGCCUCGACCCGGGGAUGGAGCCCCUCGUGCAGUCACUCUGAUACCUGGGGACGGCGUCGGACCAUUAGUCACCGGUGCAGUCGAGCAGGUUAUGGAGGCGAUGCACGCGCCGGUUUACUUCGAGAAAUACGACAUCCAUGGGGAUAUGAAGAGCGUGCCUCCCGAGGUGAUCGAAUCGAUUAAGAAGAAUAAGGUGUGUCUCAAGGGCGGUCUGAGAACGCCCGUUGGUGGAGGUGUCAGCUCGCUGAACGUGCUGCUCAGGAAAGAGCUCGACCUUUAUGCGUCACUCGUCCAUUGCUUUAAUCUGAAAGGCCUCCCAACGAGGCACGACAAAGUGGAUAUUGUCGUGAUUCGGGAAAAUACCGAGGGCGAAUACUCGGGUUUGGAGCACGAGGUUGUUCCUGGAGUUGUGGAGAGUCUUAAGGUGAUAACCAAGUUCUGUUCAGAACGGAUUGCAAAAUAUGCAUUCGAGUAUGCAUAUCUCAACAACAGGAAGAAAGUAACUGCUGUGCAUAAAGCAAACAUUAUGAAGCUUGCCGAUGGUUUAUUUUUAGAAUCCUGUCGUGAAAUUGCCAGCAAGUACCCUAGUAUCCAGUAUAAUGAGAUGAUCGUGGAUAACUGCUCUAUGCAACUUGUCUCCAAGCCAGAGCAAUUUGAUGUUAUGGUGACUCCAAAUCUCUAUGGGAAUCUAGUUGCAAAUACAGCUGCUGGAAUCGCUGGGGGCACUGGUGUCAUGCCUGGGGGGAACGUGGGGGCUGAUCAUGCAAUUUUCGAGCAAGGUGCUUCUGCAGGCAAUGUAGGAAACCAAAAAUUGGUAGAACAAAAGACAGCAAAUCCAGUAGCUUUGCUGCUGUCUUCAGCUAUGAUGCUGAGGCACUUGCAGUUCCCGUCAUUCGCUGAUCGACUAGAAACUGCAGUGAAGCGAGUCAUUGCGGAAGGUAAAUACCGGACAGAAGAUCUCGGCGGGGGCAGCACCUCACAAGAAGUUACAGAUGCUGUCAUUGCAAAUCUUGACUGAACCCAACCAACAAUCAGUCGCCAUUGAUGUGCAGUGAUUGAGUUUUGUUUUUUUUUUCCCUUUUGCUGCUGACUAUCUGCCCAGAAAGUGCUGUUAAUCUUCUGAGCGAGUCAAAUAAUGAUAUUACUGUGCUACGGUGCCAUAAAGAUAUUUGUUAUAGUGAAAUUCUUUUGAAGAGGAUGAUGGGAAAAUGAAUAUUUAUUUUGCCCAA